AUAAAGGAGGCGAUGGCGACGGUCUUUGUGCAACGCCAUACGAAGGUACCUGUGCCCCGAAUUCAUGGUGUCCUCUGCCGCGGAGGUGAAGUUCAUAUCGUGAUGGAUUUUGUGGAUGGUAAUCGACUAUCCAAUCUUGUGUAUAAGGACUCUCUGGCUAGGAGUCAGAUUCGCGAGGUGGUCACGCAACUUGUCAGCUAUGUUCGUGAAUUGAGGCAACUGGGUGGCGUUCGCGACGAGGUUACUGCUUGGCCCUGUGGGCUGCCUCACAGUGACCUAUAUGAUCCACCACCGGCACAUCCGAUCCCGUCUCUUGCUGAUUUCUAUCAGUACUGGGUGGAUAGAUGGGAAUACCAAGAGAUAUACCCGGGCAAGUGGCCUAGCACUGGCAAGGACAAGAUUGACAGAAAUCUGUCUGCGGUGCUCAGUCACGGCAAUCUUGAGAUCGGCAAGAUCGUGGUCCGAGGAACACACAUCGUCGCAAUCCUCGACUGGAGCCAUCUUGGAUGGUAUCCCGACUUCUGGGAAGCACUCAUGGCUCGACAAUACCGUGCCAGCCAGGAUCCCGAGAGGAAGUGGACUACAGAAGUGAUGGAAGCGUUUGGU